AUGGCUCUGUCUUUACUAGUUCUGCCGUUUUCUUGGACCUUAUUGCUUCUAUUGGCUCUGGUCAGCCCCCGUGCCGGUGUACUUGCAGUUCCCCUCGUCCACCGACAAGCCGAUCUAGUUGCUCUUUCAAAUGCCGAGAUACAGGCUUUCCGGCCUUUCACGUUUUACGCCAGCACUGCCUACUGCAAACCGGACGCCGUCCUUUCUUGGUCGUGUGGUGCAAAUUGUAACGCCAACCCGACCUUCAAGCCCAUCGCAGCUGGUGGUGACGGAGCGGAUGUUCAGUUCUGGUACGUUGGAAUAGAUCCAACGCUCCAGACAAUAGUGGUCGGGCAUCAGGGAACAGACCCAACUAAAAUUGAGGCCCUUCUGACCGAUGCGGACUUCUUCCUUGACGAGCUGGAGUCGGAGAACUUCCCAGGACUGGAUAGGUCCAUUAAAGUGCACAAUGGAUUCGCGGAAGCUCAUGCCGAAACCGCAGCUGAUGUUCGCGCUGCCCUUCAAAGAGCCAUCGAUGAAAGUGGACUGACCUCAGUAUCACUGGUUGGGCAUUCUCUUGGCGGAGCGUUGUCGCUCUUGGAUGGUGUUUCUUUGCCAUUGUUCUUCCCAGACCUUACCUUCAGGACGAUCGUAUAUGGAAUGCCACGGGUAGGAAACAAGGCGUUUGCAGAAUACGUCAAUCGCAACGUGGACCUGGAUCGGAUCAACAACCAGGAUGAUUUCGUCCCCAUUAUUCCCGGUCGAUUCCUGGGUUUCCAGCACGCACAUGGCGAGAAGCAUAUCCAAGAUGACCUUUCAUGGCUUGUGUGUCCAGGCAACGAUAGUACGGACAAGCGAUGUGCGACAGGAGAUGUACGCAAUAUCUUCGAUGGAAGUCUUAGUGACCAUAAAGGACCUUAUGACACGGUGCUCAUGGGCUGCUGA